UUCGAGUUCUUGGGUGCCUGGAGUAUAUCUGACUUGCAGCAAGCUACGAGCAAGCGAAACAGUCAAAACCUAGAGAAAGCGACUCAAAACUACGAGAAAAUGUACACACGGUCAAACAGCACGACUCUGACUGUUGAGCCGGAGAGAUUCGCCUCAUGCAGGAUGACGAGCCGAAGCACGGAGCCGGAGGUUUUUACCUUCGAGCGGAUAUCGGCUCAGGCAACCGCCGUGCGCUCCUACGUGCCCAUCCGGCCGAAGAAGCGCUGCACCCGGGUUAUGUACCCCGCUAAAGUCCGCAUGCACCUUCCUCCUCCAGAGAAAAGCCAGGCCAAGCGCUGGCUGGUCAUCCUGUGCCUUGUGGUGCUGUGGCAGAUCUACACCGAAGAUCCUUGCACAGAGACGGCGCUGGGAAACACGGAGAGCGCGAUCGGCGACUACCAGGGUUUCUCCUUCCAGUCAGCGGAGGAGCAGGCUCGCCAGCUCUCAGACCUGUGCGCCAAACCCGAACUGAUGUCAGCCACACCGAGCAGCUGUGAGGACGGCGGAUCAUCCAAUGAGCAGAUAAUCCCGAAGCCCACCUGCUCCCAGCCCGGCCAAGAGACAGACACCAGCCGGUCCUUCGAGCAGAGCGCCGGGAAAAGCAUGGUGGCACUGCUGGUCUACCACAGGCUGGGCAGCGACAACUAAAACUAUCAGGACUGGUUUCACUGUAAACUGCCCGACACAGGGCUACUGGGUCCAAACCCGAACCGAGCUGGAGCUGAUCCUGAGUAGCUUUUGGAGAAGAGCGGUGCGCCCUGCGCGGUGUAGCCGGGAAAGGAGCUCCAUGCGCCGGCUAA